AGCAACAUCUGCUGCAAUGACAGCAACAUCUGUUGCAGCAGGAGCCAUAUCUUCAUCUGAACAGACUUUAACAUCUGCUGAAUCAUCAUCUAGCCAGGCUUCAUCAUAUGCUGCAACAGUGGCCACAUCUUCAUCAGACCAGGCUUCAACAUCUUCUGUUGCAGCAGCAGUAGCAACAUCUUCAUCUGACCAAACUUCAACUUCUUCUGCUGCAGGAGGAGCAACAUCUCCAUCAGACCAGGCUUCAAUAUCUUCUGUCACAUCAGCCAUAGAAACAUCCUCGUCAGACCAGGCUUCAACAUCAUCUGCUGCAGCAGUAGCAACAUCAUCAUCUGACCAGGUUUCAGCCUCUUCAGGAACUGCCACCAUUUCUGGAGUUACAGACAGUGCAACAACUUCAGUCACAGAGAGUACUUCCUCACCAUUAUCAUCAGUAGCAACUUCUUCUGCCACAUCAUUAGCAAUGGAUGCAACAACCUCAGCAUCAAUGUUAUCAGAAAGCACCAUUACACCCUCAGGAAGUGAAGCAGUAACAAACACCGCUUUCACAGAAACUGUAUCUCUGUCAUCAGAAACUAGUAGUUUUAUGACAACACCAACAAUCACAUUAACUUCCACAGAGAUGAUGACAGCAACAGGCACUUCUUCUGCAUCAGAAUCAUCAUCUAUUCCAUCUGGCCCAUGAUGUGCUGUGAUUUGAGUUAUUUAUUAUUUUUAUAAUUUAACUUUUGUUGUUGUUGUUGUUGUCUUAAUUGCUACAGUAGAUUUUAGUUAUUAGAUAUUUUACCUAUCCUUUAAAUAAAAAAUUUACAAGAUGAAAACAUUCUGAAAUGAGACUCAUCAUCAGACGAUCUUCACAAUGUUUCAUGGAGCUGACUGAUAGAACUUGAAAUAAUGCUCUUGAAAAAUAUCUAAGAAUUGAGACCUUCACUGUCACUAGAUUUGAUUAGUUAUGUUUUAAGCAGAUUGCUGUUGUAAUUAAUUUAAGUAAGGGAAAAUGUUAAAAACCCAAAACUAUCUAUAAAACUCUGUAUAUAUUGUAUAUACAAUUUGCAAUUUUUAAAAAUAUAAACCGAGAUAUAGUAUUAGUACAAUUAUUAAGAAAUAAGCUUGUUAAAUAGUAGAAGUACCACGGGGCAUAUCUGGGCAGAUCAUAUAAAUUGAAUUUCAGUCAUAUACUUUUUACAAUUAAACAGACCUUAUGUGCCCAAAAUGUGCUAUUUCUUAGAAAACAGUGUUCAAGUAAACAGUGAAAACUGUGGUGCUGGCUUGGUGAUGUCAAUUUUGAAAUGGAUAUAACACUUGGCCAGACUUUUUUGUAUUUCAUAAAUUCGAAUAUUAAUUUUAUAUUAAAAAUGAUUCAUGUUCUAGUUAUGAAACAGUAGUUUGAAUAUAAAAAAAUCUUUACUAAUGAAAUAUAUAUAUAUUUUUGUAAAAUAAAGUAUGAAGCUAUGAA